CAUGAAUCAAUGACCUCACAUGGAUCACUCUGCUGCUGCUAAAUGCUCGUUUACGUGCACUGUGAUGCGAUUUCAGGACCGCAUCUCGUUCUUGCAGUUUAAGCGUAAUAAGCGCGUUGAGUUUGUUUUUGUAUGCGAUCGCGAUGGCUGCUCCUGCUCCAAUGAAAUGUGACUGUGUCAUUGAAAAGCUGUUACGUUCGUCAUUUAAUACUUGUUCGUUUACACAAAAAUUACAAAUAAUUGAAAAUGGACAACCGCGACCCACUUUAAAUAUAAACACGAAACUGAAAUCGUGCGUUCGACAUUUUAAUGAAAACGUAUAUAAAAAUGAACAUUGGCUUUGUGGGUGUAAGGAACUAAAUAAGCUUUUUUGCUGGUCUUGUUUAUUGUUCUCUUCAGAGAAAAGUGUGUGGAAUACAUCGGGAUAUAAUGAUUUAAACAAUAUAUAUCGUUCCGGUAAGAGGCAUACUAAUUCGGAGAAUCAUAUUUCCUGUGAAAAAAAGUUGUUAUUGUUUGGAAAAAGUCAAAGAAUUGAAUUUGCUUUAAGUACUCAGUACAAACUAAGUAUAGAAAAACAUAAUUAAAUUGUUAAACAAAACAGACACAUUGUGGGAUCUCUUGUCAGGGUGACAUGUCUGCUAGGUAAACUUGGCCUUCCAUUUAGAAGUCAUGAUGAAAGCGACUCAUCAAAAAAUAAGGGAAAUUUCGUAGAAUUUAUUAAUGAAAUGGCAAGAAAUGAUAACACGCUUAAAACGCAUUUAGAUAAUUCUACUGUUUUUCGCGGUCUUUCCCCAGACAUUCAGAAUGAUUUAAUCCAAUCAGUUGCCGAAGUAAUGAUCGAAAAAAUUAAAACAGAGAUCUCGAAAACUGAUUUUGUAGCCCUAAUUUUAGAUGAAGCUUCUGAUAUCACUAUGAAAUCACAAUUGUCAGCUACUUUCCGAUAUGUAACUGAGGAUGGAAAUGUUCAAGAAAGGUUUGUGCACUAUACAGAUGUCAGCUCUGAUAGAAAAGCAGAUUCUCUUUUGCAACACACUUUGCAAAUUUUGAAGGACUUUGGUUGUGCUGACAAAUUAGUGGCACAAACUUAUGACGGUGCGGCUGUAAUGGCAGGCGAACAUAGUGGAUUGCAGACGAGACUUCGAGAACAUUGUAAAACCGCAACAUUUAUUCAUUGUUAUGCCCAUAAACUGAACCUAGUUUUAUCUCAGUCCGCUAGUUUCAUUAAACCAGUUAAAAUUUUCUUUACAAAUCUUUUAAGUUUUUCCGUUUUUUUUGCCAAGUCGUCCAAACGAACACGCGCACUGGCUACUCAUGUAAGAAAGAGAAUUCCAACUGUCGCUCCUACAAGGUGGAACUUUCAAAGCCGAAUAGUACAAACGGCGAAGGAACAUAAGGAAGAUUUGGAAGGACUUUUUCAAGCAAUUGUGGAAGAUCAAAAUCAAGAAUGGGAUCGCGAAACGACCAUUUGUGCUAGAGGCUUUUUAACUUUAUUGCGAGAUUUUGAUUUUAAUUUUUUCUUGGACGUGUUUUCUGCAAUAUUCCCACACUCUGAGAGCCUGUUUAAAAUUUUACAAUCAAAAAUUUCAGAUAUCGCUUACUGCAAUAAAAAGAUCGACGAUUUUAAAUCACAUAUCCAGCGAAUGAGAGAAGAGUUUAGUGAUAUUUGGGAGCGUAUGGAGAGAUUUACGUCGGACUAUCGGCCACCAAACAAGAGAAUGCGUUUGGAUUCAAUUCCCGAAGAAGAUAAGAAAAGCACAUACGCACGUUUGUUUUAUGAAAUUUUAGACGUUAUUAUUUUGAACAUUACUCAACGGUUUAGCGAAAUUUCUAAGUUGAAAUUUUUACGUCUUCUGGAUUCCACACUAUUUGAUUCAUUUGUAAAGAACUUCCCUGACGAACUUUUUUCUUCUUUAUUAACCACUGAUUUAUAGAGAUCCCGAUAUGAAAAAGAGCAGUGUGUUUGAGCUACAUCAAUACAUUACGUCUUUUGGAUUAUCUUCUGUCUUCCCAGAGUCAUCUAAAUUGUGCAAAUUAAUUUUAACUAUUCCUGCCACAAGCAGUUCCGCAGAGAGAUCGUUUUCUUGUUUAAAAAGAAUAAAGACUUAUCUGCGAAAUUCUCAAAACCAACAAAGACUCUCCGCUUUAGCAUUAAUGAGCAUUGAGGGUGCACUGUUAGAAGAUAUGAGAUCGGUACCCACAUUUGAAGAAACAGUUAUAGACGUUUUCGCUAAACAAAACAAAAAUCGACGAAUUGAUCUUCAUUUUAAAAAUUAGUACAUACUUACCUUUUUUUAUU